AUGAAGGUUCAUAUUUAUGUCCUGUUCUUGUCCAUUUGGGCAAUUAAUUGUUUCAAUGGAAACAAAACUGACGAAUCAUCUACUACCACUACAACAGGUAUGUUUGAUCAAACCACCAGAUCAACAGGAAUAAAACUGGAUGAUUUUAGAAAACGCUUACUUGGUUUCAUAGUUGGAAUUAUGAUCAUAGCCUUCACCUUUACCUGUUUUUGCCUACUCCAUUAUAAUUGUAUGGUAGAGGAGGCCCCGUCACCAGGAAGACUCAACAAAGAAAAUAUGGCAGCUAUAUCAUCCUGGGUAUCCCAAGUAUCAGCUUGUCAACCUGAUAUGAUAACUGAGGACAUUCUAGAAAAUCAACCUCUAUUAAAUUCAGACCAGAAAUCUGGACCCCCAUGUCAAGAACAACUACCCAUACCAAACAGUGCAGUAAAAUCAGUUGAUCCUUCAAGUCUAGAAAAGCCAUGCAUACCAUCUAAUACACAAAAAUUGAGAUACUCAAAUACGGAAAACUCAUCCAUAUUAUGGAAUGUAAAGAAGUCAAAUAGACAAUUAGAUUCAAACAGGUCAACUAAGCCAUCAAUGCCCCAAAGUUUGCAUAAGUCAUCUUACCUGCACAAGUCAUAUAAAAAAGGUAACCUUAAAAAUUCACAUAAGCUCACCCAUGCCUGUAAAUUAGCUAGUCGAGUCAGUUCAUCUAGUUUAAAGGAUAUCAUACAACCUUGGCUAGCUACGGUGCAAUAUUCAGCUCCGCUAUCCAUGCGAUCUUGUUCAUCACUCUCACAAAGUCAAGAUGUGCCCAUCAAACCACCCAGUAUAAAGAAACCAAGCCAUUCACGUGGACGACAUGAUAGAAAAAAGUCAGUGAGUAGGGGAAAGUCUCUCUUACACAAGCAUACAAAAGCCAAACUUUGCCGACAAUAUAAGGAAAAAUGCCUUACUUGUAAUCCUUCUGGAUCUCUCAGUGAUUUUUCAGUGUCAAAGAAGGCACAUGUUGAAAUUCUUAAUCUUCCAAGGAAAAUGAAGCCAUCGUAUGAGUCUUAUUGUGAGACAGCUUACAACUACAAUGAAACAAGGCGCACGUACAAUGUUUAUCAUGAUAAGAGUACUGAUGCUACGAAAACAUAUGACAGUGAAGGCAGUGAUGAAGAAGUCAUCCUCAUUUAUGACACAAGUCAUGAUCAGGAUACCACAGACAAAGACAUCUUAUAUUAUUAA